CAACCCUAUAUAAAACCAGCUUCUUCUAAACAUGAAGUAUCUUUUUUAAAGUAUUCUUUUUUGCAAAUGGCCACAAAUGAGAACACUGAAGCUUCUGACUGCUCAGCAACUGAUCCGAAUAAAAUGAGGAAUCUGAACAGUGCAAAGAAAUCAUCCUAGCACUUCUGAACAUAUGGAAAGGCAAGAAUCAGUGGCUGGUACACCAGACACUGAUCAUCUUCUAUCCUCUGUUACCUUGAUAUUUCAAUGGAAAAUCAAGUUCCUGAACCAAAACCACUGACCAGAUGAGUUGCUAUUCCAAUAUUCUCUCCCCCCCCCCAUAUUUAGCCAUGUACUCUGGGCAACACCAUUUUCUAAAAUAAUGGGUUAAACAAGAGGGAGUCAAUGUAGUGCCCUCCAGAUGUUGCUGAACUACAACUCCCAUUAACCCCAGACAGCAUAAUCAAUGGUCAGGGAUGAUGGGAACUGUAGUCCAUGAAGAUCUGGAAUACUUGGGGUAACCCUGAACAUUAUACAAAAGCAACAGGAGUCUCUUCUACAUCUCUUGUUGCCACUUUUCCAUAUCAUUUGAGGAUGCUGAAUGCCAUAUAUUGUAUAGGAGCAAUUUGUGCAGCAUAUUUCAAAGAAAUUCUAGAAUAUCUAGUGGUAGAAUCCAGUGGGCAAAAUUUUGUUGUUGUUUUUUUGCUGUUAAAGACAGAGCAACAAAUUGCAUUGUUCAUAUUCUUGUCCCACAGCUGCGAUCAUGAACAAAGUAAAGAUCUCCUCCAAUGCUGGGAUACUGGUCAUGCUACUGUUAUUAAGCACAGCUCAACCCAAGCCCUGCCCUCCCUGUUUCUGUGAGCAGCAGGAAGACCUAAGGGGUUGGAUAUUAAACUGCAGCUCUAUGGGGCUGAAGGAAAUGCCUCCCCUGUCAUCAGAAUUAUGUCACUCGUGCCAUACCAUCAACAUUCUUCAUCUGCAAAACAACAGUUUAACGACGGUUCCUCUUGGUGCACUGGACAACUUAAUUUACCUGAAAGAAGUUGACUUCUCCAACAACCCUUGGCACUGUGACUGCUCUAUUUUAUAUUUCAAGCAGUGGCUGGAAGACUUCAGUAACGUUUCUCUUGCCAACCUUCAAUGUGCAUCUCCGGCUUCUGUAAAAUCGAGAGCCUUGAGUCAGCUGACUGGGAAUGAACUGGAAGGAUGUAGGAAGCCUCAACCAAUCAAAUGCCUUGAUUUCUUUUGGAGAGACUUUGCUCUUAUUUUUGUGGCAAUUAUUGUCUUAAUUUUAGCAAGGUGCAUUCUACAAUACUCAAAAAAAUUAACUUCCCAAGCUGCCAGGAAGCUACAUCCUUUUGAAGUCCCACUGCUGCAGAUUCAUGACCUGGAAAAACAGAAAUCAAAAUGAUCUGCUGCAGUGACUAAUAGCUCUUCAGUAAGAUUACCAAAGUCAUCUGUUUAAAAGGUUGUGUUUGUUCAGGCUCCAAGCGCAUACAGAGCCAUGACUAAAUGUCCUUUAGGCUAAAGAAAUAGCACCAGUUAUAUUCUGUUUGUUCUUGCUGAUUACAUAAGAACUUGUUCAAUGUAUGUAGUUACUUUACGUUUUCCCAAAUGGCAAUACCCACACUCUACCCUUGAUGUUUCUGUGAGCCACUGGGGUGAAACCAAGGAUAACCAAAUUCUGUUAGCUGUGUAAAUAAUUAUGUAGUAAUUAUUACUACAUGUGCGAAUACCAUAGCAUGGGGUAAUGGAAAUGUGCUCUCAUGUACCAUGGCUUCUGCUGCUGUGGCACUCAACCGUAUAAACAUUCCCAAAGAUAAUUAAUAAUAUCACUGCUAUGCACACAGAGCUAUGCAUAUAAAAAAAUAGAGUUUAAGUUAAUCUCAAACUAAAUUAGGUACCAGGCCAAAGAAUUUAGAACCUUAAACUCACGCUCUAGCCUAAAAAGGAUCUGGAUUAGAGAGCUCAGUUUGCUGUUAUAUCUCUUUUAUGUUGCAUCAUUUAUUAAUGUCCUAUAGCAAACUAUUUUAGAGCCCAACCAAAAGCCUGC